AUGUUCAACAAGCCAUCGUCCUCCCCUCCUCCCAGAAUCGAACGCUGGUUGCUGAAACUGCAAAACUUCAGCUUCUCUGUGGUCUACAGGGCAGGUGCCGGAGAGAUUAUGAAUGAUGUACCUUAUGGGUACUCUAGAGCCAGGGCCCUCUUCAAGCAAGGCAGCGAGGCAGAGGCAGAAGAAGAGGCAAAGGACAGUGACAGCAGCACAGAUGAGGAGGGGGAAGAGAACCCGAACAGCGGCCCUCCUCCUCUCCCCAGCUCCUCUCUCCCCGAGGGUUACUACGAGGAGGCGGUCCCCCUGAGUCCCGGGAAGGCCCCAGAGUACAUCACAUCUAACUAUGACUCGGAUGCUAUGAGCAGCUCCUAUGAGUCAUACGACGAGGAGGAGGAGGACGGGAAGGGUCAGAAGAUGCGUCACCAGUGGCCGUCCGAGGAGGCGUCCAUGGACCUCGUGAAGGACGCCCGCAUCUGUGCCUUCCUGCUGCGCAAGAAACGCUUUGGCCAGUGGACCAAGCUGCUCUGCGUCAUCAAGGAUAACAAACUGCUGUGCUACAAGUCCUCCAAAGACCACACGCCCCAGAUGGAGCUGACUCUUUCAGGAUGCAGCAUCACGCACGUCCCCAAAGAUGGCAAGAAGAAGAAACACGAGCUGAAGAUCGUCCACCAGGGGGCCGAUGCCUUGGUGUUGGCCGUGCAGAGCAAGGAGCAGGCUGAAGAAUGGCUCAAGGUGAUGAGAGAGGUGUGCGUUAAUGGCCACGCAGACUCGGACGGCACGGGCUCCGGAUCACCAGUACACCGACCCGAACUGGAGAAGAAAGUGUCGUGCGACCGGCCCAGCUCCGACGGAGAGCUGCCCCACGAGAACGGACACGGCGAGUGCAAGGACCAAGGGAAAGGGAAGAAGACGUCUAAGUCGGACCAGAAAAGUGGGACGGUGGGGAAAGGAGCGGGCAAAAAGAUCACUAAGAUGAUCGGUCUGGGCAAGAAGAAGCCUUCCACUGAUGAGCAGACCUCGUCCGCCGAGGAGGACCUGCCAACAUGCGGCUACCUGAACGUGCUGUCCAACAACCGCUGGAGAGAGCGCUGGUGUCGUCUGAAGGACAACCAGCUGCUGCUCCACAAGGACCGGGACGACCUCAAGAGCCACAUGGCCUCGCUGCCGCUGCGGGGCUGCGAGGUCAUCCCCGGCCUGGACCACAAGCACCCCUUCGCCUUCCGCCUGCUCCGCAACGGCCAGGAGGUGGCAGUACUGGAGGCGGCGUCCUCAGAGGGGAUGGGUCGCUGGUUGGGGGUGCUGUUGGCUGAAACUGGUUCCACCACAGACCCUGCUGCCCUGCACUAUGACUAUAUCGACGUCGAGACCACAGCUAAUGUCAUCCAGCUGGCCAAGCAGUCCUUCUGUUUCACCAGUAAGCGUGCAGUGUCACCGAACCCGUACCUAGAAAACCCGGUCAAUGGCUACGCCUGCCCCACAGGAAUGGCUCUCCACUAUGACGACGUGCCCAUCAAUGGAACACUGAAAGGAAAGAAAGGCCUGACGACCAAUGGAACCGCAUCUAAACAGAAGACAGACCUGAAGAAUCAGCCCAAGAAGGGUGUAGUUACCGGGACCAACGGAACGACAUCUGUGAAACGCAACAGUUCCAAUGUGGAGCAGUACAAGUACGGCAAGAACCGUGUCGAGGCCGAUGCCAAGAGGCUGCAGGCGAAGGAGGAGGAGCUGAUGAAGAAGAAGCAGGAGAUCAGGAACCGCCUAACGCAGCUGAAGAAAGAGCGGAUAGACCUUCGCACCGCUUUGGAAGCUGCCGCAGGCAAGCGUUCGCAGGCCUCCCUGUCGGAGCGACUGAAGAAGAUCGAGGAUGACUGUAAGCAGAAGGAGGAGGAGCGGGUCAACCUAGAGCUGGAGCUGACGGAGGUGAAGGAGAGCCUGAAGAAGGCCCUUAGCGGAGGGGUGACCCUGGGCCUCACCAUCGAGCCUAAGGCUGGCACCUCCGGCCCUCAGUCGCCUGUACUGCUGCGACGGACUCAGGAGCCGUCUCCCUUCUCCAGCUGUGACACCAGCGACACGGAGUCCUGCUCACUUCCUGUGAACAGCGCCUCGCUGCUGCGCCGGCAGCAGGGCAGCCAGAAGGCCUCGCCGGUCAGAGGUCACGUCCUCAGGAAGGCCAAGGAGUGGGAGCAGAAGAGCGGCACAUAGAGGACUCCGCCCAUCACGCCAAGCCUCAUCCUACUUACCUUCCAUGUGUAUAUAUUUAUUUAAAAACUGUUCCGGCGAGAGAGGGCGAGGAAGACGACGCAAGCCUAGCAUCCACAUAGUUUCCCCCGGCCCAAAUCGGUUUCGCUAGUUUAGUUUGAGCGUCGCACGACGUGCAGAAACGGCAAUCUCCCUUUAAGUCACUUCUUCCAGAUAUUAUUACCCAGCAUGCUUAGCGCAACUUACCUUGCGCAACUUAACGUUUUUCCCGCUGUACUUUCUCUUCGAGCAAAACGGUGUAUCACUUUACUGUUGUUGUUGUUGUUUUUGUUAUUUUAUGCAAAUCUGUCUCAGCUGAUUGGAUUCCAAAGGUCAAAACACAGUAUUUAUUUGUAAAUGUUUAAAGGAAAUACUAGCUUCCCUUUCGUUUAUUUAUGUUGAUGUAUUUAAAAUGUGGCUACGGAACGAACAGGUCUCGUUCCCGAGCGUCCGGCGUCCGGGAUCACAGCACGCCACUCCGGUAGCGGCCGCCGUCGUCCGGUAGGCUCGGACGAGGCGGCGGGUUCUCGUUCAGAUGAGCGUGACGUCUGCAGGGCAGCCCCCCCGCGGCUCCGCUCGGGGCUAUUCUAAGGGGACAGGAUUAGCGUCAGAAUGAGUCAGUAUUGAUGGGAAAGAGAAGAGAUCAGUACCACUCCUUCAUCCAGAACCUUUAAUUAAAGUGUACUGGAGGAUGUGAGCUGAUCUGGCUCCCAAGGCGGACUCCGAAUGAACGCGAUUAACUGUGAUUGAUUGGCGCAGGUAUCUGGUUAUAAGGGCUUAGUGUGUUAAAAUCCUGCCCGGGACCUGUUUUUUUGGAAGUCUGUUAGGAGGUUUGCUGGGACGGGAGCUUGGUGUGCGCAUAACCAACGGAAUGCCUCAGGCGUGGCCGCUAGAAUUGGCGUCCGGCAUUGGAAAACUCACAAAACCUCAUAACGUCGCCUCCAUUACUUUAGCUCUCCCUCAUCCAAGAGUCUUAGUCCAUCUCCUCUAAUCAUGCCACUGGUCUACUGUAACCCUGUGAUCUAAGUGUGUGUGUGUGUGUGUGUGUGUGUGUGUGUGUGUGUGUGUGCGUGCGUGCGUGUGUGUGUGUGUGUG